CGCGCAGCGAAUAGAGAGAGACACCCUGUAACGAGAACGCGUCGGUGGGAGGAAAAAACAGCGGCGGAGCAUGGCCGCGCAGGAGACGACGCCGAGCUCGAAGGGAGCGGAGGCGCCGGCGACCAUCCGCCUCGUCAACUUCAUCUCCGAGGACCAGCUCGAUGAGGUGAAGCGGACGCGAGGGGAGCGGGUGGAGGACGGCACCGCGCAGCGCGACAAACCCCUGUUCCAGAUCCUACAGGAGAAUAAGGAGAAGAAGGAUGCGGAGUUCAACGAGCGCUUCAAGCACAGACCUCCAAAAGCUUUGGAUGAGGAUGAGACAGAGUUUCUCGAAAAUUUGGCAUCGUCAAGGAGGGAAUAUGAACAGCAAGUGGCCAAUGAAGAAGCGGAGCAACUCCGCAGUUUCCAUGAGGCUGUAGCUGCCCGAUCCAAUAUAGUUCAUGAACUUGAGGCUCCUACAGUCUCUAGACCAGAGGAGAGCAGGCCUAAGCCACCUACGAAGAGGAGCCAGCCUGCGCUCCUGAAAAAUGUAAUAAUUUCCGUGAAGCCGCAAGUUAAGAAGGCAAAGGUUGAUGUGGAAGCUAAGCCUGCACCUGAGGAGCAGCGGCCUUCGAACGGGCAUGACGCGGACCAAAACCCACCAUCGGAUGCCAACAAGGCCGCUCUGGGCUCUCUGGUGGCUUAUGAUGAUGACGACGAAAGCGGCGAUGACCAAGAUUGACAAUGGUUUCCUAGAAUUCAGGUAUGGAUACCGCGAGCUUGUUGGAAGAGAUGCAACGGAGGCAUGGAUGGAGCAGCAGCACGUGAGGUUUGCUAGACGAGAGGCGAAAUUAGGCUUCUCUUGUGGUCCAUAUGCACCGGAAGCCCUGCUGAAAUUCUCUUGUACGUAUUGUCCAAGGUUACACACUUUUUGAUUGAACAUGAGCCGACUAAUGAACUGCACCCUCUAUUUCUGUAAAAGGAACACUGUAGCAAGUAGUAGUUGCAUUUAUCUAAUCAGACAGGAUUUUCUCCAUGGAUGGAAGAUUUGGUUAA